GUGUGUGUGUGCGUGCUGGCGCGCGUGGCGUGGCGUGAGUGUGUGUGAGAAAGAAACCCGGAUUCUUCCCACCCUCUUUUACCAGUUGGACCAGUAGCUCCAGAAAGAGCGCACACGCGCACCGGAGCAGUUUUUACCCUUGUGGUCCCUGAUGGCUUCGCACAGUGAUACUCUGGUGGUGUUCUUUGGGGCAACAGCUGGUGCAAAUGGGGGUAAACUGGGUUCGGAUGAGAGGGAAAUAAUUCUCUUGGUGUGGCAAAUUGUGGACCUUCAUGAGAAAAAGGUGGGGAAGCUCCACAGGCGCCUGGUGAAGCCCGACCUUCUGGAGGUGACGGAAGAAUGCAAGGAGGAGACGGGCCUCGCCGUGGACGAGCUCUGCAAUGCCGAGCCUUUGGACAGGGUCCUGCACCAGUUCCAGCAGUGUGUUGCCAGCGAGCUGAAGUCCAUGGGCAGGAGCUCUUACACGCUGUGUGUUACUGGGCCGCUGCUCAUCAGACAGGCCCUCCACCCAGAGGCCUCCAAGAAGAACCUGGUCCUGCCUGACUCUUUCUACUCGUUCGUGGACCUGAGGGUGGAGUUCAACAGAUGCUGUCCAAAUGCAGGCCCAGUGAAGGAGCUCACGCUGCCUUCCAUGUGUGACUAUGUGUGCAUCCCUCCCGUAGCGGAACAGGCAGCAGGGGUCUGCGAGGUCAAGAAAAUGGUGCUGCUCAUCCUGCACCUCCUCUCUGACCCCUACAAUCACAAGUUCACGAGUCUCGAGACGGUGAAGCACAAGUUUGAGUCGGGAGCGUGCAGCAAGACGGAGCCGGUGGACAGCGAGACGGUGAUCCGAGCCAGAGGUCUUCCCUGGCAGUCCUCGGACCAGGACAUCGCCCGCUUCUUCAAAGGCCUCAACAUCGCCAAGGGAGGCGUGGCCUUGUGCCUCAACGCUCAGGGCAGGAGGAACGGGGAGGCCCUGGUGCGCUUCGUCAACUCCGAGCACAGAGACUUGGCUCUGGAGCGCCACAAACACCACAUGGGCAGCCGCUACAUCGAGGUUUACAAAGCGACAGGGGAGGAGUUCUUGAAGAUAGCCGGAGGCACUUCCAAUGAGGUGGCCCAGUUUUUGUCCAAGGAGAACCAAGUGAUCAUCCGCAUGCGAGGGCUCCCCUUCACCGCCACCCCCGAAGACGUGCUGGGCUUCCUGGGGCCCGAGAGUCCCGUGACGGACGGCAGCGAGGGGCUGCUCUUUGUAAAGUACCCCGAUGGACGACCCACCGGCGACGCCUUUGUGUUGUUCUCGUGCGAGGAGUAUGCCCUGCAUGCCCUCAAGAAGCACAAGCAGAUCCUGGGCAAGAGAUAUAUUGAGCUUUUCCGCAGCACUGCUGCCGAGGUCCAGCAGGUCUUGAAUCGGUAUGUGUCCACUCCUCUGAUAUCCACACUGCCACCGCCACCGGCGAUGGUGCCGGUUCCUGUGCUGGCCACUCCCCCUUUCCUGGCCGGGGGUAGCACCCGGGACUGCAUCCGACUAAGGGGGCUGCCCUACACCGCCGCUAUUGAGGACAUCCUGGAGUUCAUGGGCGAACACACCGUUGACAUCAAGCCGCACGGUGUCCACAUGGUCCUCAACCAACAGGGACGACCCUCCGGCGAUGCCUUCAUCCAGAUGAAGUCUGCAGACCGGGCCUUCAUGAUGGCUCAGAAGUGCCACAAGAAGAUGAUGAAGGACCGUUACGUGGAGGUCUUCCAGUGCUCAGCAGAGGAGAUGAGCUUCGUCCUAAUGGGGGGCACCUUGAAUCGCAGCGGCCUGUCCCCCCCACCCUGCAAACUACCAUGCCUCUCUCCCCCGACCUAUGCUGCGUUCCCGAGUCCUGCUGCUGUGCUGCCCGGCGAUGCGGCGCUUUACCAGCCACCCCUGUUGGCCACCCCGAGACCGGCGCAGCCCCUGGCACACAGCACCGCCCCCACCCUGGCCUACUACCCCCCUCAGGCUCACGGCCAGCUCUACAUGAACUACACAGCCUACUACCCCAGCCCCCCCGUGUCCCCUUCCACAGUUGGCUACUUUGCGGCUCCCCCGGGAGCAGUAGCGGCGGCGGUGGCAGCUCAGCCGGCUGCUCCCAUCCUCCCUCAGCCGGGGGCGCUGGUGCGGAUGCAGGGUCUGCCCUACAACACGGGCGUGAAGGAAAUCCUCAGCUUCUUCCAAGGCUACCAGUACGCCCCUGAAGAGUACAGCCCCGUGCUGCAGCUCGGCGACCAGGCGCGAGCCCUGGCCCAGCCUAAAGAGUGGCUCUGUCUCUAACCAGCCCCCCCCCCGAAGCUUCAACCGGACGCCGUCCUCGUGCUCUACAACCUGAGCGGCCAGCGCAGCGGGGAGGCGCUCGUGACUUUCCCGAGCGAGGAGGCGGCCCGGCGAGCGGUGGCCGAGCGGACAAACCAGUCCCUGUGUGGCCACCCCAUCCGCCUGGCGUGCUGCGAGUGAUGUGACAUACCCCCCAACCUGCCACCACCCUCCUCCUCUCACUGGGGUGGGGAGUUCAGAUUUGCAUACAUACACACCCCUAAGUGCCUCCAUGUAUAGAAGUGUGUGUAGAGCUGCAUGACCUCAACCGCUAUGUGUUCCGGCACUUUCCUCCAGACAGUCCGUCGCUCGCCGCAUCUGUCCGCUGAUCGAUCCCUUUGCACCCUUCCUGACCCAGGUCUCCAGUAGUGGCCAGUUUUCAGUGCUGUCCUCCUUAUUUAAAUAGGCGAGCAGGUCAACCGGAGCACAGCUGACCUUUGGAUUUGGCCAUUUGUAAAGAUGAGAGAAACACAUUAAUUUGCUUUAUUGCCUGAAGUUGGGGGUUGAUCCCGAUGGAUGGGGAAAAAAUGGGGUCCUUUUGCACUGGAGACCCAAGGGACCGCAGCGUGUGGGCGAAAGGCGCAUGAGGGUUCGAGGAACUGACUCUCGAUACUGGACUCGCCCCUUCGCCGGCCCCUUGGACCCCCAGCGUGGAACACGCACGUUCUGUACGACCCCCAGCUAUGUUUGUUUCUUUUCUCCCUUCCAGUAGCACAUGAGAAGUACGGUUCGAGAAUAUGCUGCGCUCUGGUGCGGUCCGGUGAGUCUGAGUGAUGAAGGGAACCAUUGGUCAUUUUUACUGCAUUUAUCUUGUUUGUGGUACAGCCUUCGCUCAGAUUCAUUUGGCCCACAGCAAACUGUACAUUUUCUCCCUUGUAUGUAUAAACUGCAUAAAAUUUCUUUUAAUGUGACUUUCUCAUCCUCAUUACUUUCAAGUGCAAUACCAGCAGAACAAGUUGUGA